AUGCCCCGGCCUCCGGGGCCAGGGCUUCGCGCCGAGCUCGGGGGCCGGGGGACGGCGCCGACGCGGGGAGCUGGGGGCCCACCGCCCGUCGCGGCCCGAGCAGCUGCCGAAAGCGGGCCGUCGGUGGCGGCCACUGCGCUCCGCACUCGGAGCGCGGCGCUUUAUCACCUCACAACGGGGGCGGCCCGACGCGGGCUGGGGCGGGGCCUGCCGUUCCACCCGGCCCGCCCUUCGUCCUCCGGGAGCGGGAGCGCGCGGCGGCGCGGGAGGGCGCGGGAGGGCGCGGACUCCGGGGCUCUCGCGCGCGCGCGCCCCCGCCAUGCUGUCGCUCCCGGCUCCCUCCGCCGCCGUCCCGCGGGCACCCGCGGCUGCUGGGCCCGGACGCCGAGCUCGCGCAACCCACCGAGCGCCUUAGCGGGUGGUGCCUGCCCGAGGCCGGGCCUGCGCUUGGCUAAGAUGCUAAGGUCCCGCCUCGCGUCGCUGGUGCCGGGAUUCGUUAGUUGCAGGCACAGGACCCCGAGGAGAGAGGGCCCCCCACCCCCCACCUCGGCUGGGGUUGGAUGCACUUCCCGGAGAGACAUGUGGAAACAUCCAGCAGAGGAUACAGAGGCAAGUCCAGCGGCUGAGAGGGGCAGCCUCUUUGCUUCUGAGCCAACUCACAGAGUGAGGACUCCCUCCUGUUGGCCCCCAGCUGCUCACCCAUCCCUUAAGCAGCUUCGUCCAGACUGGUUUUGGGUGGAAAACCAGACCCAGAAUUGGAGUAGUCCAGGGAGAAAGUUUCUUGGCAGUUUUCUUUGUCCUGGGACCAUUGUCUCCUGCAUGAGAGACAAAGCUGAUUCAAAGAUCCCAGCACCUAACAUGAGACCUGGUAUAGGGAAGACAUCAGAAAGAAAUGUAUUGACUUCCUCAAGGGGACACAACAAGAAGCCAUUGGUCUGCAACCAGAACCCAAUCAACAUUGGCACCCUCAUCUUGGACUUCUAGUCUCCAGAACUGUGAAAAAGAACUGUG